AUGGCCAAGAUCAACUCUGUUUUGACCUUUGGAGAUCCCGGCAACCCGGGCGCCAUUACUGGCGCUGAAGGCAAAACUAAGAUCAUCUGUCACGACAAUGACGCUGUUUGCAGUGGAGGCUUCAUCACUGUCGACCAUUUGACUUAUGCUGAGGACGCGGACGCUGCGGCUCAGUUUGUCUUGCAGAUGGCAAGCGAAGAAGAGUUUAUCGACGCUAAUGAGCCUAUCUUCUUAUAG